UCCUGGGGCUGCAGCUCGGGCACAUUUUCCGCUCGCACUCGGGCCUCAGACUGGGUGGAGCUGGGCACUGGGGUGUUGGUGGCAGCGCUGAGGGGCCCCCACUGCCCUGUCAUGGCAUCUGCUCUCACCGUCCUCCUCCUCAGCUGCUGGCUGGCCGGGCUGAGCGGGAUCUCGGGAGAUGCUGGUUCAAUUCCCACGGGGGAAACCGACCUGACCCUGACUGGACAGAUGUCGGCGCCCAUCUGCCCGAGCAGCGCGGUGCCAGGGGGAAUCGACCCGACCCAGCCUGGACAGAUGUCAACUUCCACCCACCCGAGCAGCACAGAGCCAGGCCGAUUGGGAUCACCGGGUCAAACCCGCUCCAUCAUCGCCGGAGUGAGCGCAGCAGCUGCCAUCCUCCUCCUCGUUGCCUUCGUCUGCUUCAGAAAAAUCCGAGCCCGAAAAGGAUCCGCACUGAGACUGAGCAGCACCAUCCCUAUGGUGACAUUAAAGGCACCGGCUCAGCAAGACCCCGUCUACACCUCCAUCGACAAAGGGAAACAGCCGCAGACCCUGGAGCCCGACCCCGGUGCUGAUGGACUCACCUACGCUGAGCUGGACAGCCAGGCACUACAGGCCAAGCGGGGGCGCCCGGCCCCGGCCCCUGAGCCUGCCGAGUCCAGCAUGUACGCCGUGAUCAAUGUGAACCGGGGGCCCCUGCAGUGAGAGCCCCCCGCAGCCAUGGGGCGCCGACCCCCAGGGGGCGACAGACUCACCCCCCUGCAGCACCUGCCCCGAGAACUCUGCUUCCAGGGAAGAUUUAGGGGGGACGCUGCCCUCCCGCCCGCUGCAUCCCCAUCCCAUCGAGCGCCUGUCCCCCUGUCCUGCCCAGACCCACAUGUAGGGGCCGGUGUGGGGGGCUCAGCACUGGGAGCGGAGGGGAUGCGCCGAGGCGGCUGUUUGUUAUUUUGCAUCCUGUUAAUCUCCAGAUUUGUAAUAAACACAGAACCACAAACCAGCCCAACCUGGGCACCCCACAGCGCCCCUGUGCCCGUGCCGGGAAUGUGUGUAACACCUGGGGGAGAUGGGGUGGACACAGGGGCUGAUUAUAUAGGGACCCCUCGCCUGGCACUGGAAUGCAGCCACCUCUGGGGUGCGGGGGCUGAAUAUACAGGGACCCCUCGCCCAGCACAGGUUGCAGCCCCUCUGGGGAAGGGCCUCAGUUGGGCAGGACACCGGGGUUCACACCCUGACUUUGGGUGAAUCUGCAGAAGGGUCUGAUGCCCGUGACUAAUCGGUGCCGGCUGUUUACGUCCCCCCAUGGGGUCAUCCCUUCCCUGCUGUGCUGGGGGAUCCAUCACCAUGAGCCGGGAGGGGGGGCAAAGGGGAAGUGAUCCCUGGGCAGUGCCCGUGCGAGAGAUCAGGGGGGCAUCACCCUGUGACCCCGAUGUUCCCCUCCUCGGGACCCCAGGCCGGACAGUGUGGGCACAGGGAGAGCCUCACAGCUAAACCCCCACUUGAGACUUCCCCGCAAAGGCCCCAGGCCCCACCCCCAGGCCCUGCCUCUGGGGCGACAUGGGAAUCGUCACUUGCUGGGAGCAGUGCAGGGGCUAGGACACAGAGCAGGGCAGUUCUGAAUCCCCCCUGCAGGGAAGAGGGGGCUGUUUUCCAUUGAACGAGGCUUUGUUGCCGUUCAGUGGUGUGCGGAGGAAGAGUCCCCUCAGCUCCACCAUCCUGGCCCCUGCGGGAGUUGUUCCCCUCCUCCCCCCAAAAUCCUGGCCCCUGCAGCCUCCGGAUCCACAGAUCGGCCUGGAGAGACACGACUAACCCACAUCUGCCUGCCCCUGGGCGGUCAGACAUCGGCUGUCUCCCCGUUGCCUCAGUUUCCCUUUACUCCUGCCUAAAGACCCCCCCGACCCUGCUAGUCCCUGCCUGUGACACUGUACCUUGGGGGAACACCCAGCACCCCCAUGUUCAUCCUCAUAAUAUGAUUGUGUGGGAUCCACUGCAGAGUUUGUCAUGUCGGGUGUCUUCGGAAGGCUCAUGAUGCACCGAGCAUUGUUGUU